UUAAUUAAAUGCUAACAUUGAGCUAUUGGUUCAUUACUUAAUAAAUGUUAAUCUAUGAUUACGACUAAUAUAUUUGAAUUGUGUGCGGCUAGUGUUUACUAAAACUGAAUACUAAAUUAAAAGUGUGUUAAAUCUGCGAUGUUUGGCGACAUAGAAAAUGUCUUCGUUUGAAAAAUUAAAACUUUUAAUUUGGAAAAAUUUUCUUUUGCAAAGAAGGCAUAAGUGGCAAACACUCUUUGAGAUAGCAUCUCCUGUGAUAUUUUCUUUAUUUUUAAUAUUAAUAAGAUGCCUCGUCGAUCCACAAUCCAAGCCAGAUGUUUCAUAUUCACCAUUUCUCCCAACAUAUUUCAAUAUCAGUGGAAGGCAGCUAGGAAAUCUCACAUCAGCAAAACGAGAAGGAACAAUAGCAUUUUCUCCAGAAAAUCCACUUACAAGGAAAGUGACAGAGGAUGCCAUGGCUAUGGUAGCUUUAGAUAAUCUGAAUGGAUUCAUUGCACUAUUCUUUGACACUAAAAUGCUUCCUCAACCCAAGGGGUAUAAUGAUUCAUUAGCACUGGAGGCUGCACUCACACAACCAAAUGUUAUGAAUCACAUCCUUGUUGGCAUUCAAUUUGAUGAUAGUAUGGCUAAUGCUACUGAGUGGCCAGAUGAUAUAAAAGUGACCUUAAGAUUUCCAGCAGUCAUGAGAACGCCAAUGUUAGAACAUCCCUUACGAAUAAGCUGGAGAACAAAUCUGCUCUUUCCUUUGUUCCCACAACCUGGCCCUCGUGAGCCAGAUGACAUGUAUGGAGGCAAAAUGCCAGGCUAUUCACCGGAAAUGUUUCUGGCUGUCCAACAUGCUGUGUCUCAAGAGAUUAUAAAGCAAAAAACAGGAAAGCCAAUCAAUACGAAAAUAUAUCUCCAACGCCUACCUCAAUUAUCGUAUAGACGAGACGAUUUACUCGUCGCUAUGGAGAGAUUUAUAUCGAUGAUAAUAAUGAUGUGCUUCGCUUACACCUUCGUGAAUACGGUACGAGUUGUCACAGCCGAAAAGGAAAUGCAGUUAAAAGAAACUAUGACAAUAAUGGGACUACCAUCAUGGCUGCAUUGGCUGGCUUGGUUCAUUAAGCAGUUUUCGUUUCUUCUUAUAUCUGUUACACUCAUGGUGGUACUGUUUAAGAUUCCUUUCAAUUCGACGGAGGACGGGGAAGGAUAUGCCGUGCUGACUUUCACACCAUGGUCCGUUUUAUUUUUCUUUUUAACGCUCUUCGUCAUAGCAUCGCUGUCGUUCUGUUUCAUGGUCAGCGUAUUCUUCACUAGAGCCAAUACUGCAGCGUCAUUCAUGGGCCUCAUGUGGUUCUCUACAUACGCGGCGUUUAUGCUGACUCAAAUGUUAUACGAGGACAUCAGUCUAACCACAAAAUUGUUGCUUAGCUUAAUAUCAAACACGGCCGUGGGAUAUGCUCUGCAAAUGCUUAUCAUAUGCGAAGGCACAUCAAGAGGAUUACAGUGGAACGAAUUUUUUACGCCAGUGUCUUAUCAUGAUCAAUUUCAACCAGGUCAUGUAGCAUUGAUGCUGAUCCUAGAUUCCAUAUUAUACAUGUUAGUUGCUAUGUAUGUGGAAAAAAUACGUCCAGGAUUAUACGGCGUACCAUUGCCUUGGUACUUUCCUUUUACCAAAAGUUUUUGGUUGCCCACAAGCAAGAAAGUUGCAGCUUUAACCAGUAAGGACGGUGUGGAUCAAGAAUAUAAAAAUUCUUUGUUAAAGGUCAUACAUGAUGAAGAACCUAAAGGGGUGCCCAUGGGAAUCAAUAUUGAAAAUCUCACGAAAAUUUAUCGUGGACGCAAGAGAGCCGUUGAUAAUUUAAAUCUUAGGAUGUACGAGAACGAAAUAACAGUGUUACUGGGUCACAACGGCGCCGGGAAAACAACUACAAUAUCGAUGCUGACGGGUAUGGUCCCACCGUCGUCUGGUUCAGCGACAAUAAACGGAUAUGACAUUGUAUCUGAGACGGAACAAGCUCGCAAGUCAAUAGGCAUCUGUCCUCAACACAACGUCUUAUUUCCCGAUCUCACGGUCGCCGAACACAUAAUUUUCUAUUCGAGAUUAAAAGGCGUCCACAGAUCAAAGAUUAAUGAAGAAGUCGACCAUUUUGUUAAACUAUUAGAACUAGAAGAAAAGCGGGACGUGAUCUCCAAGCACCUGUCGGGCGGGCAGAAGCGGCGGCUGUCGGUGGGCGCGGCGAUGUGCGGCUCGUCGCGCGUAGUGCUGCUGGACGAGCCCACGUCGGGCCUCGACCCCGCCGCGCGCCGCUCGCUGUGGGACUUGCUGCAGAAGGAGAAAAAAGGACGAACAAUGAUCCUAACAACACACUUUAUGGAUGAAGCGGACGUGCUAGGGGACCGGAUAGCGAUCAUGUCUGGUGGCCGACUCCAGUGUGUCGGGACUCCGUAUUUCUUGAAGAAACAUUACGGUAUUGGCUACAAAAUGACCAUUGUGAAAUCCGACCACUGCAUAGUGGAAGAUGUCACAAGAUUCUUCAAAUCGUACGUUCCGGAUGUUAAAGAGAAUACUAAUAUUGGAUCGGAACUGACUUACAUCUUGCCAAAUGACCAAGUCGGCAAAUUUCCAGAUAUGCUUAAAAAAUUUGAAGAGGAAAAAGAAAACUUGAAUAUUGCGAGUUACGGUUUAUCCGUAACGAGUCUAGAAGAAGUAUUCAUGAAAGCUGGCGCAGAAGACAAUGGAAUGGCUUCAACGAACAAACACAUUUACAAAAACUCGUAUAAUGACGCUGCUGUGGUCCCUGUGGAAGUGAACCGCAACAACAUAAUGGACAACGAGCCAAUACAAAAAGUGCGAGGCUGGAAGUUACAGAAAAACCACAUAAAAGCAAUGUUCCUAAAGCUAGCAUACAAUACCAUAAGAAAUAAACUCGGGGCGUUUAUACAAAUAAUAACACCGAUCAUAAAUAUAUCUAUAUCAGUGUGGAUCGCUAGAUCCUGGAAAUUUAUGUCACAUUUACCGCCCCUGGACCUAAGUCUAGAGAGCGGGUUUAGAAGAACGCAAACGCUCCUAUCCGAGGGGGCGAAUUUAACCGAAAAUAGCAUAGAAAGAAAAGCGAUGAUGGCGUUCAAGGACUACUUCAAAACGUCCUCGGAUCCGACGAUGACGCUGACGGAUAUAGGGAGGAUGGACUUGACUAAGUUUUACCUAAAACUGAGCGCGGCCGAGCUGCCCCGCGUGCGCUACGAGGCGCUGGCGGGCGCCACGUUCGCGCCGCAGCGCGUCACGGCGUGGUUCAGCAACUACGGCUACCACGACUCCGCCAUCUCGCUGGCGCUCGCCAACAACGCGCUGCUGGGCGCGCUGGCGCCGGGUGCCUCGCUGCGCGUCGUCAACCAUCCGCUGCCCUACUCCAUCGAAAACCUGGUUAAAGUGAUGGCGAGCGGUAGCAGUAUGGGCUUUCAAUUCGCAUUCAAUAUAGGAUUCUGUAUGGCGUUCGUUACAUCCUUUCUCGUACUUUUUGUUAUCAAGGAGCGCACAAGCGGCGCGAAGCUUUUGCAACGCGUGUCGGGUGUACGUCCAGCGGUACUUUGGACCACUGCGCUUGUAUGGGAUUGGCUGUGGCUGUUAAUGGUGUUCUUUGCAAUUAUCUCAACACUUGCCUUUUUUCAAGAGAAUACAUUGGCCACGCCGGAGGAGUUAGGAAGAGUUCUUCUAGUGCUGAUUAUUUUCGCUUUCGCUAUGAUACCUCUUCACUAUUUGGCUUCUUUUUAUUUCGAAGCUGCCGCUACUGGGUUCUCGAAGAUGUGCUUCAUAAAUAUAUUUUCUGGUUGCAUGCCGUUUUUAAUAACAGAAGUACUCAGAUUGCCUGAAGUUGGCAACCCUUAUUAUGCACACAUAUUUGAUUGGGUGUUUUCGCCAUUACCCAUCUACUGUAUCAGCCGAAGUUUUAGGGAUAUGAGCAUGUCCGCGUUCUCGCUGCUGGCGUGCGACGCGCUGUGUGCGCAGUUCGAGAACAUCGACAACUGUACUCGACACACCGUCUGCACUAAGCUCAACGUAUCUGUUUGCUGUCUCGACGACGAUCCCUUUUUGAGAUGGAGCGAACCCGGAAUCGGUCGAUAUUUAUUCACGAUGAGCCUCGUGGGUGUGAUCGGGUUUACUAUUUUAUUAAUAAAGGAGUACGAAGUUUUGAAUAAGGUGCGCUACGCGGCGCGGGCGGCGCGCGCGGCGGGCGCGGCCGAGGACGGCGACGUGGCGGCCGAGCGGCGCCGCGUGCGCCGGCUGCCGCGCGAGCGCCUCGCCGACCACAGCCUCGUGUGCCGCGACCUCUGCAAGUACUACGGGGACUUCUGCGCCGUCGACAACCUCACCUUCGCGGUGGACAAGGGCGAAUGUUUCGGGCUGCUGGGCAUCAACGGCGCGGGCAAGACGAGCACGUUCCGCAUGCUGACGGGCGACGCGCACAUCAGCGCCGGGGACGCGUACGUGCACGGGCUGUCCAUCAAGACUCACAUCCAGGACGUGCAUCGGCAUAUCGGCUAUUGCCCACAGUUCGAUGCACUAAUAGAAAAUUUAACCGCUCGGGAGACACUAAAAAUUUUUUGUCUUUUACGUGGAAUCCCUGUCCGAGUUGGAUCAGCACGGGCCAUACAAUUAGCGGAAAUGCUUGGUUUUAUUAAACACUACGAUAAAAAGGUACACGAAUGUAGUGGAGGCACUAAGAGGAAAAUUAGUACGGCACUAGCGCUCCUAGGGGAUUCGCCUUUAGUAUUUCUCGAUGAACCUACAACAGGCAUGGACCCCGCGUCCAAGCGGCUCGUGUGGCGCAGCGUGAGCGCGGCGGUGGCGGGCGGGCGCAGCGUGCUGCUGACGUCACACAGCAUGGAGGAGUGCGAGGCGCUGUGCUCGCGCCUCACCGUCAUGGUCAACGGCCGCCUCUACUGCCUCGGCCCGCUGCAGCACCUCAAGAACAAGUUCUCGCAAGGUUAUACUUUAAUAGUUAAAUGUAAAGCGGGACCAGAUAGAGAUUCAAACGUAGCAAAAAUAAAUCAAUACGUCCUCGAAAACUUUAGAGAUGCUAAGCUCAUAGAAUCUUACUUGGGUAUAAGUACAUACUACCUCGACGACCGAAACCUGCCCUGGUGGAAUGUAUUCCACCUGAUGGAAGCGGCUCGCAAUCUCUAUUCGAUGGAAGAUUAUUCGGUAUCGCAGACAACGCUCGAGCAAGUUUUCCUUCGCUUCACAAGGAUUCAGGGUCAAGUCGAUUAAAACUGCCGUUACUAAAUAGUUCUCAAACUUGCUUUUCAACAUUGUUUAAGCGGUAAGUUCUUAAUAGACUCAGUAUGUAAACUGUGUGAUGUGUUUUUACUUAGCAAUUGAAUACAUGAAUUCGAAUGUUCAGUAUUUUAUACGUGUAUUAAAUUUUUCGAUGUGUAUUUGUAAGUGUUAACGUGUUGUUUAUACCGUGCUAUAUCGUAACAUUAUUAGUGUGGACUAGCGUUGUUGUCGGCUAGUAUAGUAGUAUUUUUAUUAUAUUUUAGUACUUAAAGCAUUUCACUCGAGUUAUAAUAACUAAACGAAUGUCUCAAAGACAAUCAUAGAAUACUCAUGGUGUUCAAAGUAUUGCAGCUUAUUCAAUAGUAUCGAACUAGCGAGCUGCUUACUUUCUAAGACUGAAAGUGUAGAAUACCAAUAGAUCAAUGGAUAUGAACGAGCCCUAUUUUAUUCAAAAAUGUACAUAUUUUUAUUCGAAUAUUUAUUCUAUCUUUGUAACUUCUAGCUUUUAGCUAGCUUAUUAUUGCAUAUUAUGUUACGAAGUCCAAAGGUGUCGUCUCCGCAUUGAUCUUUUUAUACCCCCAAUCCACUCCACUGAACGUUGAAUAACCAUAUUUAUAUAAUCGCUAUAAAUUAUAAUUUAUAUUAUACCGUGGUAUAUAAUGAAGUAUGUGGGACGAGCUAGCGGACGAAUUAAAGUGAAGUGAAAUAUUGUACAUUUCUACGUAGUUUUUUUUUUUUUUUUUGCGUGACCUUGAAAAACCGAUACUUAAAUUACAAAGCGAUUGGAGUUUAGUUAAUUAAAAAAAAGUGUAUGUUGUAAUGAUAACAUAACCAGUUACUUAAAUAGAUUAAUUAUAUUGUUUGAAAAAAAAAAGAUAUCGUAUCGAACAAAUAAACACUUAAUGCAUGAUAGCUUUGGAAACCAUUUACCCAAUGUUAAUUAAACAAUUCAAUAUAAUACACGGUCUCAAAGUUACCUGGAGGGAAAACCUGCUGACGUUUAGACCGCCUGUUGUCUAACUAUCAUCUACUUUGCUAUUUUUACAUAAAAUAAAAACACAAAGCAUCUUGAACAAUGAUUAUUUGAUAAAAAACACUUCAUGUUCAACUAGGUAUAUAAGCUUUAAAUAUAACCGAGUUGUGACUUUCUUUAUUUCGUCUGUUUUUAUUAUUAUCUAUUUAAAUUAUUUAGUUCAAUUGUUCGUUUAUUUAUUUGUUAUUCAGUGUUGAUAUUUUAUCUUUAGACGCGUUACAUUGAAAACGAACGAAAAAUGCCAUUCUUUCCUAAUAUUUAUAUGCAAAAAAAAAUCAUAUAUUUUUUCUAGCUGAUAGAAAAACAUAUAUAAAAAGAGACCAAUAUAUAUUAUAUUAUACGUCUUGCAAUAUGUGCGGUUGUCUUGCCUCAAUGAGACUACAUACCGUGUCUAAUGGUAAAAUAUAUUAUUUACAAUUCUAAAAUAAUUAAAUAACUAAUGUCAAUAUUUCAUAUGACACAAGCUUAAUUAUGAUUUAUUUUAUUUAUACAUUUUUUAGUAUUUUUGCUUUAAGCAAUAUUUAUUUUACCAAAGCUAUGCUUAAAAUAUUCAAAAUUGUAAUAACUUUUUAGUGUUAAUAUAUAUAGUUCGAAUACUAAAUUGUGAAGUAUGUAUGUUAUUUAGACGUAUUUACAUAAAUGUACAAAAUAAACACGACGCUGUAGUCAUUAUAACUGUCUAAGCAUUAAAUAUGCUAUUUGUGAUAUCAUUUUGUGAUGCAAUGUUUACAUUUUUACCAAUAAAAUUAUUUUUGGAAAAUACACUCCUAUUAUAAGAUAAAAUUUAUGUUCCUACGGCUACCAGUCGAGUCGAAUAAGUUGUUUUCGACGGCCAUAUAAUUUAUUAGACAAUUAUUAAAAUAAAUUAAUUUUCUCAAAAUUCAUAUUUGUAUCAAAUGUACUAAAAAGUUAUUUAUGAUAAUAAUACCUAAGCAAAACUUUAUUAAUGCUUUGAAUGUGUCGUCUAAUCCGUCAUGUACUGUCGCGAUAUUUUGUAAUGAGUGUUCGCAUGUAUUACUUACGUAGGUUUACAAUUUUAUUUAAAUAAAUUUAAUAACUUU